AAUCUUUCUAGUUAUGAUCUGAAGAAUUACCAAUUUGUCUAAUUGCUUCCAUAGCUUUUAAGUUUUGAGGUUUUAGUGUAAGAGACUUCAGUAUUGUAUGAUAAGCAGCCACUUCAGCUAAGGCGCUCCACAAUCUGAUAAGAAGCUGGUGGAGUUUCAUGAAAUAAACAAAGGCACAUAAUUCGCUUUUAGAACAUUAUCCAUUUAAUUGAGGGACGCGCUGUCAGGAACCUAUCUUAGAAAACUGCUUUCUUUCUCCUUUCAGGGGGCACAACCAUCCGCAAUGGAUCGGAGCAUUUAAAGCGUAGGUGAGGCGAUUUGGGGAUUGCCAAAACACACGAACUGACUGACGCGAAGCCAGUCAUCACUCGGCUUCCCAGGGACAAGCCAGAAGGAAAGCGAAAUGGGCCUGGCGCUGGAGAUCCGGCCAUUACGUAGGCGACACCUGUCCACCCUCCUUGCCGCGCUCCCCGCUUAUUGGCUCUCAGCGGCCGCGGGGUCCGCUUCAACACGUGCCUCGGAAAAGCACCAAGCCCCGCUUUAAGCUGAGCCGAGAAGCGCUGAAGAGGCGGGAGGCGCCCCAUUCGCGGCCAGUUCCGCGCGCGGCGGCAAGGCGGCGCUGCACGCCUCCUUCGCCCUGGCUCAGCUCAGAGGUGCGGCACGCGUGUUGGCCGCUGCAGCCUCUUGCAGCAAGAGCGGCGGCGGCGCCGGGCAAGUGGAUGGCUCCUCAGCGUCGGGCAAAACGGGCUGAGCUUCCGAAUCCCUGGCAGGCGGAAGAGGGAUCUGGCCGCCGAGCUUGAAAGCUUGAAACCCUUUCGGGAAUUCUCUCCGGAUCUCGAUGGCGCUGAGCGGAACGAGGAGCACGUAGCUGGGAAAGGCAUGCCCCUAACACUGAGCUCUGCCAGCAUGUUUACUUCUUGUGGCUUCAGCCCUCAUCACCUCCAUCCUUCCAAAGAAGAUGAUGAAGGAGGACUGAUCUUUCAAGAUGGGAACCUUACCUCAGCAUCUCUUGAUGCUUUAAUUCAACACCUUAUACCUACAGCUGACUACUACCCUGAGAAGGCCUAUAUCUUCACAUUCCUGCUGAGCUCAAGACUGUUCAUUGAACCACAUGAACUUCUCUCCCGUGUUUGUCACAAGUGCAUUGAGCAGCAGCAACUGGAUGACCCAGUGCUGGAUAAGGCACGAAUCAGAAAAUUUGGGCCCAAGAUCUUACAGUUAUUAACAGAAUGGACGGAAACCUUUCCUUAUGAUUUUCAGGAAGAAAAGAUGAUUGGAUGUUUGAAAGACAUUAUCCACCGGAUAGCUCCAUGUGAUGAGGCCUAUUGGAAAAAGAUGAAUCAGCUUCUACAAACCUUGAAUCAGAAGCUUGCAAGUCUUAACCAUGGCCAAGAAGGGAUAGUCAAGAUCAGUGCAGCUGUCUCAGAUAAAGUGGUAGCUUUUAAAAGUAAACCUCCAUCCAUCCAAAGAGAAAUGUUGAGUGUCUGCAGUGAUCCAUAUACUUUAGCCCAACAGCUAACUCAUGUAGAACUGGUAAGUGGAUAGUAAAUACUUGAUUUCAUUGUCUGGUUAUAGAAGAAAAGAAAAAAUUCUGAAAACUUCUUACUGAGACUUCUUAAAUUUAUAAUCCACUAGGAACAUUUGAGUCAAUUGCAUUGUCAUUCAUGUUUGAUUGCAGUCCUGGAGGGUUCAUUUAUUGAAGGGGGAUCCACAUCUUUAGAAUUCAAAUAUUGCAAUAUCAGAGCAGGUCUAUCUGCAUUGCCAAUAUUCACUAAAUCCUACCAGCAAAAAACUAAGAGGAUAGAAGUCAGGAAGGAGCAAUUGCCAUCAGUCUUCCUUCCAGUUCAUUUCCAAUAAAGGAGUCAAGAUGCUUUAGACUAGAUCAUCUGAUGGGCUGAUGGUCAGGUUAUGUCGGAUACCAACUGAUGCAGUUUGGAGCGUGAAAAAUUAAAUCAUGUAUCAUAGUAGUUUAUAUCACUGUUGUUAUAUGUGUGCAAAACUAGGCUACCCAAAACAAGUUGCAAAAAUCCAGAAACCAAUAGAUAACAGCAAAGAGAUACAGAAAAUUUCAACAAUUUGCUGCCAUGUAGAUUUUUUCACCUUAUAAAAACAUAAUUCAAGAACUAGCAGUCAAAUUAGACAAAAUAAUACAGAUAUUAAUUGUUUCUAUUAUGCCUUUAAGUGUCUGCAGAAAAGUACAUAAAGAUAGGUUCUUGUUGAAGAUGUCCUCAUAAACAACCCAUAGUUGCUGAUUAAAAGUAAUAAGUUCCCAGUGGGGAAAAGUACAAUUUUAAUAGGAAAAGGUUGUGAGGAGAUAGUUUUAAUUUAUUUGCUUUUUCAAAAAAUAAAAUAAAAUAGAUUAAAUUUCUGAGCUUGCAUCUCCUCUAUUAUCUUUCUUUAUUUGGACCUGAAGUCAGUGCUUUUUUUUUAAAAAAAAAAAAAAAAAAGUGCCAGUAC